CUUGGCUCAGCGGCUCGACUCUCAACGAUGGCGGAGUCCGUGGCGGCGUUGGCAGCAGCGCUGCUGCUGCUAGCGGUCUCGCAGCAAGGAUGCGAGGAUAUCUACAGGCUGACGUGUGUUUGGCACAGUGAUCUCAACAUCAGAGGAUGCAGUUACUACGGUUACCGCGGAUGCAUCCAGAACUGUCAUUAUUGCAUCACAAAUCAGGGACCAGAUGAAUGUGGGCAAAUGAAGUGCGCCGCGCUCUGCGCGAAGCAGGAUGGAUCCGAGUGCUUGACAAACUUCAAGGCUCUUUGUGACAUCGCUCUGGAGGAACAAUUCAAGGUGAACACCACAGGUGGAGGAACCGCGUACACCUGCGAUGUGAACUGCAAUUCUUCCGGUCGUUUGGCACCCAGCAGUUUGCUGCUGCUCCUCUUGGGAGUCUUGUGGAUGCCUUCGCUAUCGCUCCCCCUGCCCUCUAUGCCCUCGCCUUCGUCCGGGCGCUGGCGCUACGCUGUGGGCUUUGCCGUCCUUGCAAUGAGCGCCACCAUGUUACAAGGAUGCGGCUGCGUUGAACCCACGGCACAUUUAGAGUGGCGCCCAGAUGGUGACUCCUUCAACCAGAGGACAGAACGUAUGGUGGAUGGAAUUUGGCGCGGAAUUCCAUCCUGGAUUUGGCAUCCGCAUUUGGAAUCGGAGGACUAUCAAUGCGUCACCAUGCAUAGCAACGGCUUCUGCGAAGUUUGGACGAUGCACGAGUGGAAUUGUGGCGAGCACGACUUUGGUGUUUGCAAAUGUCAUGAGAUCGCCACAAACGGCAACUACUGCAAGGCAUGGAGCUGCCAUGCCUUGGAAGCUGACCAACAGAUCUGCGAGCUGCGCCGCGAUGACGACGGAGAGACGGUGAGUUGUUGGUACAGCCCCUUCCACAUGAACUGGGACGUCUAUGACGCGCUCCUCGAACGGCAAUCCGGGGGCGCGUUGACCACGGGCGAAACCGUCUACCGUUGGUGGAGUUACGGUUCCGCCUGGUCUGCGGAUUUGGGUCGGCGUUUGGAAGCGGAUCAAGAGGCAGCGCUCAUUGGAGAUUACUUGGCCUAUCUCGAGAAAUGGAAUACCACGGCUCUUCAAACGGAGCUGCAGCAUGCUGGGCUUCCAACGAAAGCAGCUGACGCCUCCAGACGUUUGCAGACCAGUACGCUGGAUUGGCCCCCUCUGUUUGCCUACAAUCCGGCGGCUCGACAUGUGCACUUCUGGUGGGGUGAUGUUUGCAUCGUGAAUGGUGACAACACCAUGAUUGCACGACGGACCUGCGCCCGAUGGCGAGAGAUUGAGACCGAGAUCCAAAUGUGCCGCUGCAAGACGGAAAACUACAACGGAAAAAGUUGCGCGGAGUGGACUUGCGAGGAGCGCGACGUGGGGCUCUUCAGUGUCCUCUUCCGAACCAAGCAGAGCAUCGAUCAGUACACCCUGGGGGUGGAGUUUGAGUCCUACCGCUGUACCGGCUAUGACAUCGAUGGCAACUGUCAAUCUUGGGAAGGAGAUAUUGAAUCCUUAGAAGAGGUCGAGUGGUCGAAGUGCUUUUGUCCACCGAGUGGUUGCCAAUCGCAAGAUGCUGUUUGGCUUUGCGAUGAAUGGGAACUACCAAAGACUCGCGAUCUCUUCUACGAGGGGCAUAUUGGAGGUCUAAUCGCCUUUAUCUUCGCGGAGUGCUUCUGCAGCUGUUUGUUUUUCAAAGCCGAUGAGGCGGGCGAUGCCUUGCUGGUUGCCUCAGUGGCUUCCUGGUGCGGAGGUCUCAUUUUGCUGCCGUUCUUGGUCUUGACAUACGGUUUCUAUGGAUUCCUCUUCUGCGGUGGCUUCUUUUGGUUCAUUCGAAUCAUGGGUUGUUGCUGCCUCAUCGCCACAACCAUCAAGAUCCCCAAGUAUGAACGGCCCAGCAACAAAGUUCGCAUGCAGCGUGGCGCCAGCAAGAUCUUGGGCCGGGGCGGCUCCCGGUCGAUCCAACCGGGGGAAGUGAAGGAGCCGGAACCUAGCAAUGAGCCAACCAAUGAGACCAACAACGUGAACGCAUAGAACCGCAGGGAGUUUUCGUUGCUGAACUACGGUCCAGAUUCGGACAUUCCGAUGGUAUCCUAUUUGAACAUGGU